CCCAAAUGGCCCGUUACCACUAUUCUAAUUGCUUUAUAAUCUCAUCCCACCAAAACCCUAACUCUUGAUCUCCAUCUCCUCAGCGGCUUGUUAUCGGAAGUUAAGCACCGGGAAGGUUCCGAAGCAAUCAAUCAGCCAUGGGGAAAGUACACGGAUCUCUGGCUCGUGCCGGUAAGGUGAGAGGUCAAACUCCAAAAGUAGCGAAGCAGGACAAGAAGAAGAAGCCCCGUGGACGUGCACACAAGCGGAUGCAAUACAAUCGCAGAUUCGUCACUGCAGUGGUUGGUUUUGGAAAGAAGAGAGGACCCAACUCCUCUGAGAAGUAAGCAAAUAGAGCGACCUCAUCGGGGGAGCUUUGCCGCUAGAGAGGCGUGGUUUUGUGCUUUACUAUUAAUCUUUUUCUUCCUAUUUCUCAUAGAUGUUUUAGUUUAUUGAGGUUUUUGACUGUGUAAAAGAUGUUUAUUUUGACAAUAUAUCAGAAGUAAUGUGAUUUGGAUCUGAAUUUUGUCCUUA